GGACGCAUUCCAGUAAAAGUAGAGUGGCGGCGUCCCAGAAGCCCAGAACCCACGCGUGUGUUGAUUUGCAUACAUGCACACUUCUCUCAUCUAUGUGCAUAUACAAUCACUGCCUACUUUAAAUUCAUCAACCAUUUCACUUCUUUCACCAAAAUGGCACUUGUAAAAUCUCCUUGUUAUUCAAUUCCCAAACCCCAUUUUCAAAAACCCAAUUCUUCAACUACAAAUUCAUCACCUCGCAUCCAUUUCAUCACCUCAUCUUCAUCUUCACCCUUCACUGAAAAACACUCAACAGAUAGAUACAAAAGGGAAAACUGGAUAUACAAGAACCAGCUUGAACCAUCUUGCUGUGCUCCUUUUCCUCCUGACUCAAGCUCUCUGAGAGAUUAUGAUAUAGCCCUUCAGCUUCCUCAGCUCAAGAAGAUGUUGCAAGUGUUGAGAGAGAAGAGAGAGAGUAAAGGAUUUGAUGAGAGAGGAGAGGGGAAGUUUGGGAGUGUUUAUUUGGUGGGGACAGGGCCAGGGGACCCAGAGUUGUUGACACUGAAAGCUAUGAGAGUUAUUCGAAGUGCUGAUCUUUUGUUGUAUGAUAGAUUGGUGUCUAAUGAGGUUCUUGAUUUGGUGGGUCAGAAUGCUAGGCUUCUUUAUGUUGGUAAGACAGCUGGGUACCAUAGCCGUACUCAGGAGGAGAUACAUGAAUUGCUAUUAAGUUUUGCUGAAGUUGGGGCGACAGUAGUGAGGCUUAAAGGGGGAGAUCCACUGGUGUUUGGAAGGGGUGGAGAGGAGAUGGACUUUCUGCAAAAACAGGGCAUUCAAGUAAAAGUUAUUCCAGGAAUUACUGCUGCUUCAGGCAUUGGGGCAGAGCUUGGGAUUCCGUUGACACAUAGGGGUGUGGCAAAUAGUGUUAGAUUUCUGACAGGCCACUCACGGAAAGGAGGAACCGACCCUUUGUUUGUAGCAGAAAAUGCAGCUGACCCCGAUUCAACUUUGGUCGUUUACAUGGGCUUAUCAACUCUUCCCUCACUUGUCUUGAAGUUGAUGCAUCAUGGUCUUCCACAUGAUACACCAGCUGCAGCAGUUGAACGUGGGACUACACCUCAACAGCGCAUAGUAUAUGCGGAAAUAAAAGAUCUUGCUGACAGUAUUGCGACAGCGCAGUUAAUAUCUCCAACUCUCAUAAUCAUUGGGAAGGUCGUCGCUCUUUCACCAUUGUGGCCAUAUUCCUCUAAAGUUGCAUCCACUCUGGUGGAAACCAGAUAGAUAAGAUGCAAGGAAAAGGACAACAUGCUGUUCAGGUCCACCAGUGUUUAUUUUGUUCUCUGGACUUUCCAAUCGACAGUGAAAUCUGGUCCCUCUUCCUUGCAAGAGAGCCUUGGGUUGUGUAACAAAAUUGCACCGCCUCUUGUAUAAACAAAGUCACUUCAAUAGUUCUGAGGAAGGUGUCUGCCUGAAUGGUAUAGAAGCCUCCAUCUGAUAUUGUGUUAUAAUCUCUUUAAUGGGACGCGGAAUGAGUUCAAUUUUUGAUAGUGGAUAGGCAUUUUUUUUUCUUUUGUUUUUCUGAAAAUUUUGUAAUAGUACUGGUGUUCUUAAGAGGGGACAACAGUAAAAUUAAAAAGAAAAUUUUGUUGUGCACGUACUUUUAUCUUUUUCUUUUUCUUUUCACAUUUUCCAUUUUGAGUGAACUUUUGUUACAGGACAGUUGGUGUUCAUUUCAUAAUCCAUAUUCUUAAAUUCUGCAUCUUA